AUGUAUGCCUUUUACUCUCUGCUGGUCUACAUCAUCUACACAUUCUUCAGGAAGCCCCCUCAGGAGGAUGCAGCAGACCACAGCUUGACCCAAGAGGAUGCAGCAAGUCAUAGUCUGACCCAGGAGGAUGCAGCAAGUCAUAGUCUGACCCAGGAGGAUGCAGCAAGUCAUAGUCUGACCCAGGAGGAUGCAGCAAGUCAUAGUCUGACCCAGGAGGAUGCAGCAAGUCAUAGUCUGACCCAGGAGGAUGCAGCAAGUCAUAGUCUGACCCAAGAGGAUGCAGCAAGUCAUAGUCUGACCCAAGAGGAUGCAGCUGAUCAGAAGUUAUCUCUGAACAACCCAGCAGUUCACAGCUUAAGCCAGGUGCGGAUCCCCAUCAGCACGAAUACAGAAAACAACAGAAAGCUGAAGAGUGAGGAGCUGUGGCCGGACCUCGAGGGCGUAGAAAGCAGUUCUGAAAGUGAUGUGAGUUUGGGCUCUGAGGAAGAGGAGGGGGCUGCAGGAAUGGGGUGUCCGUUAUUGGGGGAUGUCAGAUCUCCACUCACUGAAUUCCUGGCCUUCAAGCAAGAGACAACUGCAGUAAAAUCUGAGAAUGUAGCAUCUGGCAAGACAGCCUCCCCCCUGCUUACGGUGAUGACCCACCUCAUCUCCUUUCUGGAGCAUUACUCACAGAUGCAGCGGUUGCAGGGUCAGGCUCAGGAGUACAAGACCCUGCUGGGGCGAGAGGAGAGGAGACGCAGGAAGCAGAUGCGGACACUGCGGGUGACCUAUAGGCAGCGCAUGAGAGAUAAGCUGAGCCUUAUCGAGAGUCUGGAAAAUGUUAUAUGUGAGCAGCAGAAUGUGAUGGAGAGACUUCAGAAUGGUGAGCACCAAAAACCCCCCGGGCCUUCUCUCCCCCUUCUGGGUGUGCACAAGCUGGUAGAUGCCAUCAGUGUCCUGCAGGGGGAGAGGGCACGACUGAAGGAAGAGAUUGGGGGACUGAAACAAGACAUGGAAGAUAAUGACCUGGAAAAGCAGCAGCUGACUAGUAGCUUCCAGCAGCAGAUCGAACAACUGAAGGAGAAAAUCCAGCAGAGAGAGGAAGAGCUGACCCAACUCAGAGCGGAGAUGGGUGCGACUGACUCAGAGAAACAACUCCAGAACCUGACAGUGGAGAACGAAGGGCUGAAGCAGAAUCUGAGUGUCACCCAGGGGCUUCUGGAGAAGAUGGCAGCUAUCACUGCACAGCCAUCUGCUCAGCUUAUUAAGGAGAAUGAUGACCUGCGCACCAAAGUGCAACAUCUGGAGAUGACUCUGCAGCAAAAGGUGGAGCAGCUUGUUCAUGUAAAGGGGCAGGUGGAGAACAUAACAUGGCGCAAGGAAGUGGAAAUAAGUCAGCUGGAUGAGAGGAUCCAGAGACUGCAGCUGUCACUGGAAAAUGAGAGGAAAAAACCAGCAGAUAUACAGUAUGUGACUAAGACAUUAGAGGUUGAAUCUCCAGCAGUGCUGAAGUCUCUGGCAGAGGCUGAGGAAAGGAACCAACAUCUUAUGGCUCAGAUAUUCUGCCAGGGAGAGCGGUGCCAAAGACUUGAGGAACAACUGCAGGGAUCAGAGAACCUAACAUCCAGCCUCAGGCUUAAGAUUUCAGCUUAUGAGUCAGAGAUUGCCCUGCUGAGGGAUGCGCUGAUGCAGGAGAUUCACCAGCUGGAGGCGCAGAAGGAGGAGGCUAUAAAGGAGGCGUCAGAAAGCUCUGAGCAGCAUCUGGAGCACCUGCGGGACCAGCUGUCUGGAGUACAAACUCGUUUGGCCUCUUUACAGCCUGUUUUAAAGAACAUGAAAACCAACUAUAACAGUUUGAGGAGCCAAGUGAAAAAUUUCUCACAAUUCUACGAAGCAUCUAUUCGAGAAGCCAGAAAACAGAUCUGCAGUGCAGUGAACAAUGUUUCUGAAUCUAACCGUGAUCUCCUAGAGAAAUAUCAGAGGGAGCUUCAGCUGCGCAAAAGAUAUCACAACCAGCUGGUAGAACUCAAGGGUAACAUUCGUGUGCUCUGCAGAGUGAGGAUGCACGCACAAACUACACGUGACAAUGAAGACGAGGAGGACGUCUCCCCAGUCACCCCUGACACGAGCGAUGACACCACGUUGUCCGUGUUGUACAAAGGGAAGGAGAGGACCUUCAACCUAGAUAAAGUCUUCCUACCUCAAGCCACACAGGAGGAGGUGUUUCAGGAGAUUGAGCCCACAGUCAUGUCAUGCAUUAAUGGUUACAACGUCUGCAUUUUUGCUUAUGGGCAGACAGGUUCAGGGAAGACUUUCACUAUGGAGGGAACACCAGAAAACCUUGGGAUAAACCAGCGAGCACUGCAAGCUUUGUACAAGGAGAUGGAUGCCAGGAAGGGUCUGUGGGAUUAUACUGUGACCCUCAGUAUUGUGGAGAUCUACAACGAGGUCAUUAGGGACCUUCUCUGUAAUGAGCCACAGGAAAAGCUGGAUAUUAAACUGCACCCAGACGGAAGUGGCCAACUUCAUGUCCCAGGACUGACCAGCACAGAAGUCAGCAGCUUCCGGCACAUUAAAAAGCUUCUAUCUAAAGGAAAGAAGAACCGAGCCACAUUCUGUACUAACAUGAAUGAAAGGAGCUCACGGUCCCACGCACUGCUCACCGUAACCAUUACUGGGAAGGACCUCACCACAGGGACCACUACCAGUGGGAAGCUGAACUUGGUGGACUUAGCAGGAUCAGAGCGUGUUUGGAAGUCUGGAGCAGAGGGUGAGAGACUUAAAGAAGCUCAGAACAUUAACAAAUCUCUGCUAGCCCUCGGUGAGGUCAUACAGGCACUGAAGGCAAAGCAGACACACAUACCCUUUAGGAACUCCAAGCUCACCUACCUGCUGCAGGACUCGCUGGGCAAAGGCAACAAGACUGUCAUGAUGGUGCAGGUGUCACCCUUGGCUGGCAAUGUUGGAGAGACGGUGUGUUCUCUGAAGUUUGCACAGCGAGUGUGUAAGGUGGAGCUGGGCCCAGCAUCCCGCAAAAUUGACGUAUAAGAAGAAGCCACAGUGAUGGUUGUUGGAUAAAGCUGACCAGUAGAUGCCAAUGGACCUACAGAAUUGCCUUGGCUUUAACCUUAGCCUUAACCCUUCAUUUCCCUAAGGAAUCUGCAGAAUGUAACCUGCUUCUGACCUCGGGCACCAGCACAAUAAUCAUACGGAUACAUUACCCAACCCUAAGUGAUCCCAGAUGACUUUACCUGGCAUUAACCUCUUCAGUGCCAAGCCAAAUGCUCCUAAAAUGUAUCCUAGUAACUGACAGAAAGGGCAUGGCGUAGUUAACCUGUUAAACACCAAAUACACAAGGAGAGAUCUGACUCCUUGCGCUACAAGCAGAAUAUAACUUCCAUUUAACCUUCUCAUUGCAAAGCUUGGUGCUAAGUUAAUCCUAUAGGUGCUAAGUGCAUGUGUAACCCAUCUGCUGCCUUGUACAUAUAGGAGGGAUUAUAAAUCAUUUUUUGCUAACUGAACAUAUUUACACAACAGACAUGUAAGGAUAGUUUGUGCUGACUAGCCAUUGUUGUCACUGGUGUCAAAUCAGAAGACAGUCUCCAUCACAUCCAUAUGUUCCCAGGAGACCUACGUAUCCGCUACAUGUCAGGCAGUGCUGGGGUAUGUGGGGCAUUACAGCCAUAACUUUGUUGCUCACUUGCCUUACUGGCUGCAGUAAUUCUUGCCCCACUCCUCUGUGUGACCAGAAAUGGCCACCUGAAUUCCCUGAGGCAAACCGGCUGAAUGUCCUGCAGAAGGCAGUGCUCAUAUAGCUAGAAACAGGAGUAAAAGGAGCAAGAAGUAAUGACAGGAAGUCACCACAACUGAUAUGUAGCAUUUUACUGUAGGAUAGGCGGGUUUCUGAUACCUCUAGGUCAGACUUGCAAUCUGCUGAUGCACAGAUCCAUUAUUAAUAAAUACAGAAUAGACAAUAUACAGAGGCACAUUUAGAACAGACCAAGGUUUAUUUCUUCUACACCGUCCUGUCAGCUCUUUAAUAAAUCUUGACCAGAUUGUUCCCCCCUGUGAUGCACAGACCUCUGGACUCUAGCCCGGAAUCAUAUUAAUCUACAGCUGCAGGUUUAGCAAGUCUAUAUCCGGCCAUACCGUGACCUGUAAUCCAAACAAACAUUCUAUUAGUUCUGGUCUAACAGCCCCUCAUAAAUCACCAGGUUCCCUUUAGUUCCUUUUGCAUCUCUCCCCUCUAGCACCUGAGGGGACAGAGAAUCAGACGUUAUACUCUUCCAUUUAACCACCAAGUGCAGCCCAGGCCGGGGGGUGUAAAGUUAUUCAAAUCUAUUUGCAGAUUUUGUGUGUUCUAGGGACAUAGAACACUGAGCACAAUUGCGCAUAUAAAGAACAGCAUUAGACACAGGUGGAAAAUAUCUGUUGCUUGUUUAAAGUUGAGAUAAAUACUGCAGUAAUGGUGCUUUAUGUCCUACUAAUCCUCUCUGGCUGACUAUUAGAUUUUGAAAUGUCGUCUGUUGGAUGAAAUGUAUUUCUUUUUUCCUAUUAUUCAGCUGCCAGAAGUUGGUUUUCCUGAACCACAAGUAGCUGUUGAAUUCUUAUGUACUAAAUACCAGAGGGACGAAGCUAUAGCCCUCCAGCCAUUAGCUAUUCACGUGUUGCAGGGUCACUGAUCCAUUUGGCAAAAAGAAGGAUGCAGCCCCUACAAUAUACAUAAAUAUUUCUCCCCAUGGUUUGUAUUAUGCAGCCUCUGUUUGGCUGUACUGUGCCAGCCACCUUAAAAAAAAAAAAAAAAAGAAAGAAAUGGAUUUUUACACAAUCAACCAAUGUAUUUAAUAAAUAAGCUCUUAAUGUGACACAUAGUCCUCUUUAAGCUUGUAUGAUAUUGGGGGGGGGGCAUACAGCCUCACACAAUAAAGAUUAUAACAUUUGUGUAGUUUUGCAGAAAGUAUUGAGGGGUUCACUGUCACUGUGCUGUAUUUGCCAUGUAGCUGUAACAGUCAUGUGAUGUGUAAUAUUUUGGGUUUGGUUUUUAUAAGGGGUUGUAAUGAAGCAGUAAUAAAUCUUCAUGAAAUACA